AGGUAAAAUCUGUUGAAAAAAUGAAUACUGUGUGCCUGUGUGUCUUCACCAGAUGUGUUUGGCUCCUCCCAGACAGCUUUCUAAAACAUUCCAGUCCACCUCUGGGAAUCUGCUGGCUUCUCCACACUCUCACUCCACUCCAGGAGGCAAAGAGACUGAGUUGACACAAAAUGAGAGGACUUGUUGUCUUGGUUACUUUGGCCUGCUUUGCCACUGCUCAGCACCAAACACUGAUUGACUACUUGGAGCGGAGGCUGCUCGCUAUUGAGGACCGGAUCUCUCUGUGGCAUGAACAGACAGCCCGCUACGCCUCGGAGCUGCGGGAGCUGAAGCAACAAAUGGUUUCCCAGCUGGAGAACCUGGAUAAAGAGAAAGAGACACUGAGAAUGAAUCUGGAUGGCGUGGGGACGAGGGUGGACCGAGUGGAACGUGAGUUGGACUACCUGGAGACUCAGAACGGAGCUCAGCCGUGUGUGGACGUGGACGACAAGCUGAUAGAACAGCAAGUGACGCUGGUAAAGGAGAAGCAAAAGGCCAAGUACUCAAAACUAUCAGAUUGCAGCGACAUGAUCUCCAGCAUAAAAGCCAUGAAGAUCUUGAAGCGAGUCGGAGGGCCAAAGGGCACGUGGACCAAAGACACCAGCAGCGGCUCUGGGAAGAUCUACAUUUUUAACGGGACGGAUGAAGACACCAUCCAUGAGUUUGCCUCUGUGCAAGACUUCUCUCGCUCACUAGGUAUGUCUCUGUCCAAGAACCUGAAACUUCCAUCUGCCUGGAGGGGAACAGGACACGUUGUCCUCAACAAUCACGCGUAUUAUAUAAAUCAGGCUGAAGAGAUAAUGGUGGUUAAAUAUGACAUGAAGAACAGCUCUGUGACAGACGCCGCAGUGUUCCCAGUGCAGGACCAUGUCCCACCGUACGGUCUGACCCCCGAGACAGUGAUGGACCUGGCUGUGGACGAGGAAGGCCUGUGGGUCAUUUAUGCCUCGCAGCAGAACGAGAGGUACAUCUCUCUGGCUAAAAUGGACGCCAACUCUCUUGACAACGAGCAAAUGUGGGACACAAACUGUCCGAGAGAGAAUGCGGAGGGAGCUUUUGUCAUCUGUGGCACUUUGUAUGUGGUGUACAACACCAAGCAGCCCGGUCGGUCACGUAUCCAGUGUGUGUUUGACGUCAAUGAUAUGGUUACCAACGAAGAAGCACCACUGGUUUACUUUCCAAAGCGUUACGGAACCCACUCCAGUCUAAAGUACAACCCGCAGGAGCAGCUGCUCUAUGCAUGGGAUGAUGGCUACCAGAUCCUGUACAAGCUUAUCAUGAAAAAAAAAUUAGAAAUUUGAGCUAAAUAAUAUACAGCACCAAACCUAAACCAUCUUAAAGUACCCAGCCAUUGUUUUUACAAGUUUAAGCACCAUAACUACAAAUCAUGUGUACUAUAUAUUACUGCUGACCAUUUUUAAUGCUAUGGUCGAUGGUUUCCAUCUCCCCCCAUGAUGAAGAAUUCUAAGUUAUGACAACAUCACUGCCUUCAGUGAUUGCACACCACCCCCACCCCUCUUCCACGCAGUUGCUUGUAGCCAAGGAGGACACAGAGGAUUUAAAAAAACAUGAUGGACCCUUUAGAAGAGGUAAUUAUCUCCACUUGAGUUUCUGUGUGCGAAUGUCGCCGGCCGACACCAUGUUCUGAACACAGCCAUACUAAGAAAAUCAGAGAGAGUUUUGUGGAGCUGAUAAUCUUAAUUAGAUUUAUGUCAACUCAUUUGGCAAUGGCUUGAAUGUAACAGACGUUCAUAAAUAUUUAAAAAGUUAUGCACUAAAACUAUAAUGCAUGUUGUGGCUUUUCAGAAUUGUCAGUGUGCACGUGAUAUACACAGUUUAAGUCCAGACUGAUUUGAAAAGUCUCGACAAUUACAGCACAUUUUCUAAAAAUGAGUGCACUGUGACAACUCAAGAGUAUGCAAUUUGACUUUUAUACUAUUCAUAAAUGAAUGGACAACAACGGAGGGUAGGAGAAAUAAAUUGAAAAGUUGUCAACACUCCAGUAUGGUAUGCAAAAUGGUCAGCAGUGACGUGAAGUAUCCCCCCCGGCUCAACCCUCCCUUUCUAAGCCUAUACUCGAACCUUUAUGUAAUGCAAAACGCACCCCUCAAGAGAAGGUGUUUGGUUUGUCUGUUCUGGGCUAGUGUAGAAUCCAUAGACUGUAUAUAAAGAUGGACAAUGCAUCUCCACUUCCUCCAACUGUGCAAAAGUGAAGCCAAAGCAUCCCCGAAACAAGCACUGCCAUCUUGUAAUUUUGGAGCCAGAGUCUGCGCCUUAGUGACCUGGAGGUUGAGUCCUGCCCAUACACCAGCCUGACUAUUCAGAUGUCAAUCACAGCUGCCAAUCAUGACGUUUUGUCCUGUUUUUAUAGAAUGAAAUAACUAAUAAAAACCAAACUUAUGAGAAAAAUUAACACUUGAACAAACCUGUGUGUGAUAACAAAUACCUAAAAUGACAGAAACCAUGUUUGGGAAAAAGUAUUUGACAUGUACUUUGAUUUUUAAGUUUGGUUCGUGUCCCAUCUGCUAACAUAGUGGGGGUGUGAUUUAUUAACUUUACUGCAGCCAGCCACCAGGGGUGUUCAAGAUGUUUUGGCUUCACUUAUACAGUCUAUGUAUCAAACGCAUGAACCCCUGGUAGGAACAGGGAAGACGACCCGUUCCUGUAGCUGUAGAUAUAUAGGGGUCAUUCUAGGCUAACGAAAACACAACAAUACUUAGUUUCAGGUGAUUAUACACUAAUAAAAACCUUAAUUAUGAAUAUUAGCCUACAUUCAAUUUCUGCCAAUAGAGCCCCCUAAAUCCUACACAUUGGCCCUUUAAGUUUAAAAUCCCAAAAAGGUUUUAAAGGAAUGGAUUGUAAAACUGUAUCUAUAUACUACCCAACCACUCGCUUUAAACUCACUGGAAAAAUCUGUCCAAUCUUUUUCUAUUUGACAUGUCAUUUUU